GGAGUUAAAGCGAAGCGAACGCCGACUCGUAUAAUCCGAAUUUAAUUAUAUACUUUUUGGAACGAGCAAUUCCCACCGCAGACUUGGGGAGCGCGGGGCGCAAUCUCAGGUCCUCUGUCCUCAAAACAUUCAAUUUUCAGAAUGAAUGUAAUGAGAAUCUUUUGGCAACCCACCAGAAUUGCAUUCGCAUCUACCUGCAACGAUUUAGCGCCCAUCUAGGCGGCUAUCCCGCAAGCAUCGCAUAGAGCUCCAGUGUACCAUUUCUCAUUUUUCGCAACGGCAGGUUGAAAUCUAGCAGGGUCUGUCUUGUGAGGAGGCGAGGUUUGGUUGAGCUUAUUGCAAUCCUUGGAAGUGCGCUAUAAUAUUCAGACAACAAACAUCUGUGUCGAGACUAUGUCAUCUGCGUCAAAUACCCCUCCCGAGGGCUUUUUCAACGAUCUCUCCCGCCCAACAGGGAGCAAUGGACGAGACAGUCAUCAAAGUCUCCCUGUGGAUGCGAAUGCUACAGCUGGGGGAGCAAGCGCCGGUGAUUCUGUUGUCCCCAAGCCCAAACGCAUCGCUUGUAUCAUAUGUAGGAAAAGGAAGCUCAAGUGUGACGGAUCAAAGCCAAGCUGUUCGACAUGUACGAGAUUAGGCCAUAGUUGCGCGUAUGAUGAGGUUCGCAAAAAGUCGGGGCCAAAACGAGGAUACGUAAAGGCCCUGGAAGAGAGAUUAAAACAGGUUGAGACAUUGCUCAAAACACAGGACCCUCUGGUAUCCGUACCAGAAGCUGGACCAACAAGCUUCACAAGCAGCCAAAGCUCUGGAGUUGGUCUUCAGCCUGUUGGAGCCACAGAUUUCGGAUCUCAAAAUCCACCUGGAGGAGUUGUAAAUGAAGUUCCUACAGAACGCUGGCGUUAUAAUGAAGGAUCUCCUCAACAGCCAAUAGAUGAUCUGGGAUUUAAUCCUGAUAUCAAUAUGAGUAUGGGGCUUGACGAUACCCCUUUCACUUGGGAAAUGAUUGGGCUUGGUCUUGAAGAGCCACUACCACCUCGAGAAACCAUCGACGAAUUACAUCAAAUAUACUUCGAAAAAAUACAUCCAUCUCUGCCGAUGAUACACAAGUUUCGGUAUCUCGCAGCAAUGAACCUGGCGCCAAAUCAACGUCCUCCAGUUACCUUACGAUAUGCUAUGUGGACGCUCGCUGCUUCAGUGUCCGAGAAGUACAUGCAUCUCAAGGACCAUUUCUAUCAGCGAUCACGGAAGUACAUGGAGGCCGAUUACCUGAAGGGCCAUGGUGAACACAUGAUAUCUGUCGCGCACGCGCAAGCACAUGUUUUACUAGCUUCGUUUGAAUUCAAGAUGAUGUAUUUCCCGAGAGCGUGGAUGAGUACAGGUUCGGCAAUACGUGCAUGUCAAAUGAUGGGUCUCCACAGAAUAGAUGGAAAAGGGUUGGAUGUAAAGCAAUGCCUUCCUGAACCUCGAGAUUGGACGGAAAAGGAGGAAAGACGGAGGACUUUCUGGAUGGCUUUCUGCGAAGACCGUUAUGCGAGCAUCGGAACAGGCUGGCCGAUGACCAUUGACGAGAGGGAUAUACUGACAGACUUACCUGCAUCAGAAGAAGCCUUUGAGAUGAGUAAGCCGGAACAGACGCUGUCGCUCUCAGAGUCGAUGAACCUUUCUGGGGCAUCUAAGCUCUCUUCCUUUGGAGGAGUUGCGUUGAUGGCUUGCUUGUUUGGCCGGAAUCUUGACCAUUUACACCGGCCUGAGCCUAACGACUGCGAUGAUGAUUUGAAUGGGGAGUUCUGGAAACGACACAGGAAUAUGGACAACAUCCUCCUCAACACAUCACUGUCGCUGCCUUCACAUCUGAAAUUACCCCAUGGGCUAUCUAAUCCGAAUAUCGUUUUUACUAAUAUGAACAUUCACACGUCCACAAUCUGCCUCCACCAGGCAGCGAUAUACAAAGCCGAUAAAAACAAGCUUCCAGCUUCGAUAAGCGCAGAAAGCAAGGUACGAUGUAUAACUGCUGCUAGUGAGAUUGCUAGCAUCAUGCGGAUGGUUUCUCAUAUGGACUUAGCAUCUAUGAAUCCGUUCGUGUCAUUCUGCUUGUAUGUAGCGGCUCGCGUUUUUGUUCAGUAUUUGAAGAGCCGUCCGGACGAUAGCCAAACAGGAGACUCUUUACGAUUCCUCCUUUCAGCCAUGAACGCUUUGAAGAAAAAGAACCCUUUGACCGAGUCGUUCUUAGUACAACUGGAUGUUGAUUUAGAAGGUCUUGGUAUGCGAAAUCCUAAAUAUAAACCCAUCUUCGCAUAUAGCGAAGACAAUCUCGGGCUCUCAAGUGCAAAAAUGCCUCCUCGCACGAGCAGACAGACCCCCAAUGGAAUGCCUCGACGCUUUCAAAACGAGUGCAAUUUCAUGAUAAUAUCUGAGGAUAGGGAAGUCCAUUUGGACAAUAACACUCCAACAACUUUACCAGAUGCUUCGACCGAUUCGGGCCACGAGUCAAAUCCAGCCUCUGGAGUAGAAGCAAGUGCUGUUAAUGAUGCAUACAAAGCUUUCGAUGGCGGGAGGCUCAAUUGGCUUCCCCUCCGAGAUCAGCAGACUGGAGAUCUGGGACAAGACGUUCAACGCACAAUGCAAGGUCUGGUUCUUGGUUCAAUACCUCCUGCACCAUAUGGGGAGCCUGGUAACUCCAGCAGUUCGGGCUACGUGAACAGCGGAGGCAGCAAUACUGCGGAUACGGGCAUGUCCCCCGAUACAGGUCGCUCAGGCUCUAAUCGCCCAACGCCCAACUCGCCCAGCCCAUCCGAACCACGGCUGAACAUGCAAGCGGGACAGAGUAACCCAGGUGGCAGUCCUUAUGAGACCAGCUCGGGAACAUCACAUCAAGUACAACACUCAACCUCCCACAACAGAACGCUGGACUCGUUCUUCUCCACACAACCUGAUUAUAGCGGUAUCCCCGCAAUGGGCCUCGCAUCCGAUAAUCCCUUCAACAUCCCCGAGACGCCCAGCAGGGACUUCCCACCCGGGUGGGAGAUGACCGAGCAGACAACAGGCUUAACGCCUAUCGGGGAAGGCGUAUUCCGACACCUCUACGGACUCGGCCCCCUGGAUCCUAUGCCCAUGGAUCUCGGAUGGGAAGGGAACUCCUAGGCAGACCUCCUCCUCCACUCCUCUAAUCGAAGGCGAACACGGAAGUUCUGGGGGGGCGUUUUUUUUUUUCUUCUUUCUCUUUUUGGAAACAGUAAGGCAUAUAUCAUCAGGAGUCGGAGUCGGAUAAACAUGUAGCGCUAUGGGAAACACUCCUCUUGGAACGCCAUACUUUUGUAUGCGUAGGAUACAUACAGGAUACCAUUCUCCUUUUACUGGGGCGUUCUUUUUCUUCCAGCUUGUAAAAAUAAGCAAAAAAUACUUUACUCUUUGAGCUAGGGGAACUGGCGUUGCUCUUCUCUUCUCGCUCUUGUCUAAUACCGAAUAUGUAUAUCGAUGGAUAGGUAGACAGCUACGGCAGGCAUGUAUAAGAAAGAUUCUGCUUCCAGAC